AUGACUACUAGCUUUGGGCUCUGCUUGUUUCUAUUGACAACCUCCUUUAUCUCAGCUCACACAAAUGACACCAUUUUCACUUCCCAAGUGCUAAGAGAUAACCAUAAUGACACUCUCAUCUCAUCAACUGGAGCCUUUGCAUUGGGUUUUUUUAGCCCCGGGAGCUCCAAGAAUCGGUACGUGGGCAUAUGGUACAACAACAUUCAAGACAAGACAGUGGUGUGGGUCGCCAACAGAGACGAUCCUCUCACCGAUCGAUCAGGUGUCCUCCUAGUCAUUCAGCCCGGCCGUCUGCUUCUCCUCAACAAUGCUACCAAUGCUACUAUUUGGUCUGCUAAUAUAUCAAGCACUGUGCACGCUCCAGUCGCGCGUUUACUUGACUCAGGGAAUCUCGUUGUGGUGGAUGCAAACGAUGAGACCAAUAUAUUAUGGCAGAGUUUCGACUAUCCAACCGACACUUUCUUACCAGGCAUGAAGAUUGGUAAGAACUUUGUGUCCGGCCAUCAAGUCUACCUUUCGUCAGCUAAGAGCAAUGAUGAUCCGGAAACAGGUGUUUUUACGUAUCAGAUAGAUCCUAGUGGCUAUCCACAGAGUGUGAUCAAAGAUGGUGCUAUAGUCCGGUGUAAAUCAGGGCCGUGGAAUGGUCUUCGCUUCAGCGGAAGUCACAACUUGGUGAAGAACAUCAUUUUCACGUUUGGAUUGGUUAUAAACAAGGAUCAAGUGUACUAUCACUACACCCUCCUCAACGACUCCGUAUACAUGAGGUUUAAGCUCAGCGAAAGCGGUGAAGGGCAGAGGUGGCUCUGGUCUUACCAGACACAAAACUGGUUACUUUAUCAUACCAUUCCUACUGAUAACUGUGACAUUUAUGGUGUGUGUGGUGCAUAUGGUGUGUGUAAUCCUAAAACUUCGCCUUAUUGUACCUGCUUGAAUAAAUUUGAGCCAUAUUAUCCUAGUCGUUGGGAUGCUGAUGAUUUUUCAAAUGGAUGUGUUCGUAGAACCCCGUUGAACUGCCAAGAAGGUGACGGGUUUCUCAAGUACUCUGGUGUCAAAUUACCAGACACACAGCAUUCCUGGUCUAAUGCAAGUAUGAGUCUUGAAGAAUGCAGGGUAACAUGCUCGAAAAACUGCUCGUGCACAGCAUAUGCGAGUUUGAAUAUAAGCAACGGCGAAAAUGGAUGUCUACUAUGGUUUGGAGAACUUGUCAACAUGAGAGAGAUAUCGCCUGGACAAGAUAUCUACAUCAGAAUGGCUAAAUCUGAAAUAGAGGUGGGAAGUAGGAAACGAGAGAUACUAAUCGUGACAUUGUCCGUGGUAAUUGCAACUGUGCUGCUUGGCCUGAGCCUCAAGUUGUUGUAUUCUCUGAAAAGUGAUCAUCAACUGCAAGAGAGAAGCGGGCUGCGAAGAAACUAUCAUUGCCAUCAAAGUCGCGAGGACAUGGAUCUACCAAUGUUGGACUUAUCCUCUAUAAUCAAAGCUACUGAUAAUUUUUCUGUCGAAAAUAAGCUUGGAGAGGGAGGAUUCGGGCCUGUGUAUAAGGGUCUGCUAGAAGAUGGAGGGGCAAUUGCUGUCAAACGACUGUCAAGAACUUCACAUCAAGGAGUGGAAGAGUUCAAGAACGAAGUAAUCUGUAUUGCAAAACUUCAGCAUCGAAAUCUAGUGAAGCUACUAGGAUACUGCAUUCAUUCCGAAGAAAUGAUGCUGGUCUAUGAAUACUUGACAAACAAAAGUCUCGACUUAAUACUCUUCGAUCCUACGAAAAGUAUAUUACUGGACUGGCCAAGGCGCUUCAACAUUAUCAAUGGCAUUGCUCGGGGCCUAAUGUAUCUUCAUCAAGAUUCCCGCCUCCGUGUCAUCCAUAGAGACCUCAAAACCAGUAAUAUAUUACUAGAUUCAGAUAUGAAUCCGAAGAUAUCAGACUUCGGUCUUGCAAGAACUUUUGGAGGAAACGAAACUGGAGCCAGCACAGACCGAGUAGUGGGAACAUAUGGGUACAUGUCACCAGAAUACGCUGGAGACGGCCUCUUUUCAGUGAAGUCGGAUGUGUUUAGCUUUGGAGUAAUAGUGCUUGAGAUAGUGAGCGGCAAGAGGAAUAGGAGAUUUUGUUACUUGGAGGAGGAGCUCAACUUCCUAGGAUAUGCGUGGAUGCUAAACAGAGAAGAGAGGUCACUGGAAUUGAUUGAGCCAUGCCUCACAAAUUCAUGCAAUGAUGUAUUGAGAUCAAUCCAUGUGGCUCUUUUAUGUGUCCAGCAACACCCGGAUGAUAGGCCAACCAUGUCGUCGGUGGUACAGAUGCUGAGCAACCAUGCCGUGCUUCUACCACAACCUAAACAUCCUGGUUUUUUCAUACAAAGAGAGAUGCCAGAGGCUAAUUGGAGCACAGCAAGUUGUACUAACAGAAGCACAACUAGUGUGCUACAGGCUCGAUGAUAACAUUUAUAACUAUUCCAAUUUUCAUGUAUCAACAUAUAUCUAUUUUCCUUGCCAUCAUCCACAACAACACAAUUUGUUU